AUGUAUGUGAUUAAUUUGGGCGCACAUCAAACAGAAGCUCUUUGCCUUGUAUGUGGAUCAAAUGGUGCUGCCUGUGUCACAGAAUCAACCUUCUUCAUUUGUAUUGAUGACUUACCUAAUACAAGUACAAUGUUUACUUGUCCUCAUGGUACAAUAUGUACUUCGGCAAGAAAUAUAUGUGUCAAUCGUACAGUGCAGCAACCCGAUUGUGUCCCUAUAAAAAACUGUUCCACCUUACGUUCUUCCAAACAUUUUCACAUUGAAAUAGUUUGUGAGAAAAAUUCAUACGAGACAGCGGCCAUGACUGCUGCACGGUUCUUCAAAUAUUUGAGCAUGGCCAUUGCAGUGACUGUGAUUUUCGGCAUACAGCAAACAGUUGCUGAAUGCGGUAAAUGUGGACCCAAUGGCGUUGCCUGCAUUUCGAGCACAACUUACUACGAUUGUUUGGGCGAUGUACCGGUCACAAGUUACACGACUCAUUGUCCUGAGGCAACAAUAUGUGUUAGCUCAGGUGCGAUAUGCAUUGAUGCAGCAAUGGGAGUUCAACCGGAAUGUGAUCAUACUGGUGGCUGUUCCAAAUGUGAUGGAAACCGUUUGUUCACUUGUACGAGUCGCACCACUUUUGCCAUGUGCAUUGGUGAUGAGGUGAAAAAUGUUCAUCACUCGUGCCCACCGCACCUAUUUUGUGAUUCGAGGAAUGCUGAAAUUUGCGUUGAUGAGUGUCAUCUUACAUUCGAUAAGCCAGAAUGUGGUUUGGUUGAACCACCAUCGUGGUCAUAA